AUGCCACUUCUAGGCCGUGACGCCGUCGCCCUCAUCACAGCAAGCUCCGCGGGGUUAGGAGCUGCUACAGCUAAAGCAUUUGCAGCAAGUGGCAUCCGCGUAAUCAUAAACUACAAUUCCAGCGCCGAUAAAGCCAAAGCUCUAGUCCAAGAACUCGAGACCUUACAACCUUCUUCUGCUCAAGACUCAACCCCAAGAUUCCACAUCAUCCAAGCAGAUGUGUCGAAGCGAUCUGAGAUUAUACGACUAGUCGAGGAGAGUGCGGCGAAGAUGGGGAGAAUUGAUGUUGUGGUGUCGAAUCAUGGUUGGACACGCAUGCGCAAUUUCCAAAAUUUAGACGAGAACGUUGAGGAGAGUGAUUGGGACACUUGUUUCAAUUUCAACGUCAAAAGCCAUCUAUUCCUCUUCCAUGCCGCAAAACCGCAUCUUGAGAAGUCAGAAGGUUCAUUCCUGAGUACCGCCUCACUUGCUGGUAUUACUCCCGGUGGAAGCUCUCUAGCAUAUUCCGUAACCAAAGCCGCACAAAUCCAUCUCGUAAAAGGCCUAGCCAAAACUUCCGGACCGAAAAUUCGUGUAAAUGCGGUAUCACCGGGACUGAUGCUAACUGAAUGGGGUAAAAAUUUCCCGCAAUCCAAGAUUGACAAUAACAUCGCAAAUAGUGUAUUGAAAAGACUGGCGUCUGUUGAGGAUGUCGCUAAUAUGAUAUUAUGCAUAUCAAACUCCUCUUCGCAAACAGGAACGAAUACUGUCAUCGAAGCAGGCCGCACACUCUCUUGA